AUGGCUCAGGUCGGCCCAAAAUGCGAUGGAUGUAAGCUGGAAUACACCCCAGAACGAGUUGCAUUGAUUAUCAGAGAGUGUGGACAUUCGAUAUGCACGGAUUGUGCUAAAAAGGCAGCUUAUGAUUACUAUGAUCAUUAUUUGCACUGCCCACAUUGUAGUCUUCCCAGUGUAAUUAAUGGAAAUUUGAAAAGGCUACACACCAAUUUCUCUCUAAUUAAAUUUGUAUCGGAAAUUGCAAAGAUAAGAGAGGAAUUGGAAAAAGCUGAAGUUCCAGAAGUUCCUCCAGAGAUAAUUGAUUAA